CUUGCACACGUGUUUCCUGGCAUCACACGACUCUAUGGAUUCACGGUAUCUAAUAUUCCUGAGAAGAUCAAACAGCUUAAUGUUCUCUAUGAGUAGGGCAGAGGGGGAAAUAUCAAAGAAUCCCACAAAUCUAACCAGAAGCAAGGGAGAAUCCCAGACUAAAUCAUGUCAAAAUUAGUGGAGUGUGUCCCCAAUUUUUCCGAAGGCAACAACAAAGAGGUGAUAGAUGAGAUUGGCAGGGCCAUCUCCCAGACUGAGGGCUGUGUGCUCCUGGAUGUGGAUGCAGGUCCUUCCACCAAUCGAACAGUUUAUACCUUUGUGGGAAGCCCUGAAGACAUCAUUGAAGGUGCGCUGAAUGCAGCCAGGAGAGCUUUUGAACUCAUUGACAUGGCAAAACAUACAGGUGAGCAUCCCCGAAUGGGUGCCCUGGAUGUCUGCCCAUUUGUCCCAGUGAAAAAUGUCACUAUGGAAGAAUGCAUUCACUGUGCCAAUCUCUUUGGAAAACGCUUAGCAGAUGAAUUGAGUGUGCCAGUGUACCUCUAUGGAAAAGCAGCUCGGAAGGAGAGUCGGCGGUCCUUACCAGCCAUCCGAGUAGGAGAGUAUGAGGCCCUCACUGUGAAACUCCAAAAAGCAGAAUGGACUCCUGAUUUUGGCCCCGCAAGCUUUGUUCCAAGAUGGGGAGCAACAGUGACAGGGGCACGGAUGUUCCUCAUAGCAUAUAACAUCAAUUUGCUGUGCACAAAGGAGCUGGCACACCGGAUUGCCUUGAACAUUCGAGAGCAGGGCCGUGCCAAAGACCAGCCUGGUCGGUUGAAGCAGGUGCAAGGCAUGGGAUGGUACUUGGAUGAAGAAAAUAUUGCCCAAGUCUCUACAAAUCUGUUGGAUUUUGAAACCACUCCCCUUCAUGUGGUAUAUGAAGAGGUUUGCAAUGAUGCCAAGGAUCUCAAUCUGCCUGUGGUGGGAUCUCAGCUAGUGGGUCUGAUCCCCAAAAAGGCCAUGUUGGAUGCAGCAGAAUUUUAUAUUAAGAAAGACAAUCUUUUCAUCCUAGAGGAGGAUCAUAAAAUCAGACUGGUAAUCAACCGAUUGGGAUUAGACUCUUUGUCUCCAUUCAAUCCCAAGGAGCGCAUAAUUGAGUACAUGGUGGAGGACAACAGAGAAAGCGGCAGCCUGAUGUCUUUACCUCUCUACACCUUUGUAGAGAAAGUUGGAGCAAGAUCAGCUGCUCCUGGAGGAGGAUCAGUCUCAGCAGCCAUGGCUUCUUUGGGGGCAGCACUGGGCCUCAUGGUGGGGUUGAUGACAUAUGGGAAACGCCAGUUUGAAGCACUGGACCCAGUUAUGAGGAAGCUCAUACCUCCAUUUCACCAGGCCAUGAAGGAGCUGGUAGUCAUGGUGGACACUGAUGCUUCAGCUUUUAGUGGCUACAUGGCUGCUAUGAAGCUUCCUAAGACAACACCUGAGGAGAAAGAAAGACGUACAGCAGCCAUGCAGUUGGGACUGAAAAAUGCAGUUGGUGUCCCCUUCUUAUUGGCAGAAAAAGUUCAUUCCUUAUGGCCAUUCUUAAGAGAAAUAGCUCAGUAUGGAAAUUUAGCCUGCCAAUCAGAUAUUCAGGUGGCGGCUAAAGCUUUAGAAGCUAGUGUGUUUGGGGCCUAUUUCAACGUUGUUACCAACCUGAAAGAUAUAACAGAUGAAGGCUUUAAGAAGCAGGUGCAGGAGAAAGUCUCUCACUUCCUGGAGGAGUCCAAGAAAAGUUCAGCAUUCGUGCUAGAACAACUGGAGAAGCGGACAAUGUGAAUGUUUGUGCUGGCACCUGCUUAUCUGAGCAUGUGCAAUCCUGAUUUGCAAAGUGCAUAAGCAUCAUUUCUUAUCUGUCUUUUCUAAAACUGUAGGAGUUUGUUUACAUAUACAGGGUUCGGUGGGCAACAGUGUGCUAUAUGGUGAAUAUUGUACCCUGUUAACGUAGUGCUAAGGGUUUGAUUUCUGAUUUUGGUUACUACUAUGAACUGCAGUGGCCUCAUUCUGACCACCAAGGUAACAGAACAAUUCAAGUGUCUGUGACCCACUGCUUAAUAUGUUUUAUAACUUCUAUUAAAAUGUAGGCUCCUAUAUGAAAAAGUAGCUGGGUCUCAUCCUCUUUCAAUCAAAUUCCUCAUGCUUAUAUAGCAUGUUCAAUGUAUUAGGGAAUAAUCAGAAUGCCAGGCACAUUUGAAAGGUUUUAUUGUAAGUCAUUUUAAGCAUUGUGUCUUCUAAAUAAUAAUGGUUAUGAAAACUCUGACUGCGUUUUUUUGCAUUGUACUGUGGUAGUUAUUGAAUUUGUGAACUACCAAUAACUUUGAGGUCUGUCUCUCCCUAGUUUUAUUCAUAUCUCUCUUCCUGAAUGUGAUAACAGCAAAUAUAGAAUAAGGCAAUAAAGGGGGAAUGCCUUAAGAGACCCAGAACUGUCUUUGUUCAUUGAUGGAAGAUCUGCAUGGCCCCAAGAAAAGAUGUCUGAGUCAUUAAUGACAGACAAAUGUGUCCAAGGCAGGUGCUCCAGGGAGUGGUUGUUUUCGCGGCCCAACAUUAUCGCAUGUAGCAACUGCAUUUAUUGAUUAUGCAACCACUGUAGUUAAUUUUACUGUAUUUACUCAGGUAUUGAGCUAUCAACACUUAGUUCAGUAGACUCUCCUUUCACACGUGCAAUUUCACUCCUCUUAUAACUAUACUGGGCAGCUUAACCUGGUGUAAAUAUGUCCCACAACAGCCCCAGAUCCAUCAUCAUACCAAAUUCAGUUCCACUGUUCUUCUACUCCAGUACAGUGGUCCACAACUCACCUCCUCUCUCUUGCUGCCACUCCUAGCCUACCAUGGUGCUCCAAGAUGUUGUAUGAGCAUCUCUGCUGACAUCAGAGGGGUUUGCUGUGUAACCAGCAUGCCCUUCUUGGUUAUGUGAGUGCCUUAUUCUGAGAUUGGCAGAGCCACCAAUGCAACCAGUAAGGAGGAGGGAAGUUCUGCCCCCUUCCUUCGUGGUGGUCAUGUGUGCACCCCAUUCUGAUAUCAAGAGUGGUGCCUCCAAUGACCCAGAUCUUGCACAGCUCUCUUUGGCUGAUCAUGAGGAGUGGUACCAGCUACAAUCCAGUCCUUUUCCAAUCCAGUUGAUGAGUGCAA